UCCUGAGCGCUGCUGUCAGGAUCUCAAACAGCGGCGAGUAACGGACCGUCCGCACACGCACCGAACCGAACCCUCGGCCCGGAGGAAUAUUGAAUAUUAUCAGUACGGGAAUGCGAGUGUGACCUGCUAACUUUAACGCAAGACCUUUGCGGCUGUGACAACUUGACAGCACUUGGAAGUUUUGUCACGGAGCACUGGAGCGCUUUGAGGGCUGAACGGGGACCUCUGAACCUUGGAGCAACUUAAGUUAAUGAAUAAUUGACUGCUGACUGUGAAAGCAAGUCCUGGACAAGGAUGCGCUAAACGGUAUCACACUCUGUGGUGGAUGUUAAAGAUUACUAAGUGGAACCUGUGAGGGUUUGCAGACAACAAAAGUGUGUAGUGUGUGUCCAUUGAAGAGACCGUUUCCUCUCUGCUGAUAAUGAAGCACCAUUUCCACAUGAGGAGGCAUUGACUCCGGCGCAGCCCUGUCGCGCCCACAGCGCCCCCUCUCGGCCCGGACGGCCCACCAUGCCCCGGCCAUGAAGGGGUACCAGGUGAGUCGCAGUCUGUCGCAACACUCCUCUGGGCCUUGCUAUUGCAUGCCCGAGGACUGCGACACUGCGCGGGACUACAUGCACCACCCCGACCACUACCAGGGGCACAAUGACCACCCCUACUACCCGCCUGGUGGGCCCCCUGAACCGUCGGCCAUGGUCCCAUCUGGUGGAGGCACCUUCCCUCGCUCACACCCCAGUCAGCCACAGCCCUACGACUCCACAUGUGAAGAGUGUUUAUCCUCAGCAGGGCAUGGCCAUGGUCAUGGGGGAAAGAUGCACCGUAUCCCACCAAACCUUCUGGAUCAGUUCGAGAAACAGUUGCCCUUCCACCCAGACGGCUUCCACACCCUGCAGUACCAACGCACAGCCAGCGGGGAACAGCGCAGUGAAAGUCCAAGUCGCAUACGGCAUCUGGUGAACUCAGUCCAGCGUCUAUUCGCCAAGUCACAUUCGCUGGAGACACCCUCUAAACGAGAGUUUAACGGCACCCGUGGGGGAGAGUACCGGGAUAGGGAUAGAGGCCACCGCAGCGGUGGUGAGGAAAGUGGCGGACAUCAUUAUUCGGGAACGCACCAGUCUCGCUCAGCCCGUCGGAACAAGAGCCGAGAACGAAGCAAGAGUGGAGACUCCCGUCAUGAGUCUCGAAGCUCCCGCCAUCGCAGCAAAACAGCUGGAUGGUGGAGCUCCGAUGACAACCUGGACAGUGACAGCAGCUUUCUGGUGGGUGCGGGCAGGGGAGGGCGUGGGUAUCCCACCGGGCACGAGACCCUGGAUGCUGCCAUCCAGGAACUUACCUUGAGGAAAUCUAAGGGGCCCCCUCCAGGAGAGUGCCUGGCUUGCACCAACAUAGCCAUGGCUGGGGACAGUGGACACUCUCUGAAGAGAAGCACAUGGUCGGCCAUGACGGUCAGUCAGGCUAGAGAGGUCUAUCCAUCUUCCCGUGGAGGAGGAGGUGGAGGAGGAGGUGGAGGUGGAUAUGAGAAGGCAUUGGUUCCUCUAGAUCCAAAAAUGAAGGAACGAUCACUCCACUAUCUGCAGGUUCCCUCAGAUGACUGGUGCGGUGGUGGUCCAUCUGACAGUGCUGGGGAGAUCCCUUGCAGACGUAUGCGCAGUGGCAGCUACAUCAAGGCCAUGGGGGACGACGACAGUGCUGACUCAGACACCAGCCCCAAAGCCUCACCCAAAUCAGCACUCAUUGCCCAGAGAGAAGCCUUCCGCCGCUCUGUCAGCAUGGACCAGCGCUCCUCUACCACAUCCAAGUACUCUUGUAAACAGUGUACAGACGUCUACCCAAACAGUCGAACCACACCUAAAGGCCACCCUCGUUCCCGUAGCGCCACACGCUCUCUGACCAGUGCUCAGCUAAGUGACACUCUGAACCUGUUUGGAGAAAUGGAAUCACAGGCUGUCGAGGCCCUGGACCUACCCGGAUGCUUCCGCACCCGCAGUCACAGCUACGUACGGGCUAUCCAAGCCGGCUGCUCCCAGGACGAUGACUGCCUGUCUGUCUUCUCCAUGUCGGGCCCACAGGGGAGCGUGAAGGGCGAAGCAGUGUUCCCAUACAGGAAAGGACCCCCUCCUCUUCCCCCUCGCAUGUCCAAGCCAAUGAUCUCUGUGACCGCUCAGAGCAGUACUGAGUCCACUCAGGACGCCUACUUCCAGAGUACAGGACAACCUGCUCUGGUUCGGCCCAGACAGCACAGCAACUCAGUAGACCUGACAGAGAGCAGCGGGGGCCGUAGCUCCAGAGGUGGGCACUAUCUUGGCGGGGGUACUGCGCGUGUCAGACAGAGCAGCAACUCCGCAGAGAGUCUGAACGGCAGGGCCCUUCAGAGCAUCGCCUACCCUAGUGGACCUGGUCCAAUGAAACCAAAACACAGCAGCUCAGCCGAUAACCUGCUGGAGGGGCCCAGGGGAUCUAGGGACCGGGCUGGAGGCAGUUUGGGAAAAUCAGCCUCUCUGCCCCAGAACAGUAUGUCCCUAGCUAAAGCUCUGACAGGAGGAGAGGAGUUCAAACAGGAAGGACGAGGGAGGAAAUGGAGACCCUCUAUUGCAGUGCAGGUGGACAGCUCAGAGACGUUGUCUGACUCAGACCCAGAAGGCAAAGCGCUGAGAGAGGUGCACUCCAUAGGGGUUCAGGUGGAGGAUGACAAGAGACGAGCCCGCUUUAAACGUUCCAACAGCGUGACAGCAAGUGUCCAGGCUGAUCUGGAGACGGAGGGUUUUGGUGGGCUGACGGUCCCCACUCAAGACAAGGGCCUGCAGUUCGGCUGCUCAUUCCAGCGCCACUCGUCUGAACCGGAAUCAGCCGGUCAGUUUGCAGAGUAUCGCACAGUGCACACACAAGGUCAGUGGGCCUAUCGUGAGGAUUACCACAGCGGUUACACCAACGAGCCUGGCCCUCCGGAACUGAGGGCUUUGCCCCGUUCCCACUCUCCUCUGCCCCUGGCCCCUGAGCGUGGAGUGGGAGGCUGGAGCGAGGGCCCGAGAAGCCUUCCUGAUUCAGGUCGUGCCUCUCCCUGCUUACGAGAUGGAGAGUUCUUCCUCCGGCUCCUGCAGACAGAAGUGGAGAGGAUGGAGGGAUGGUGCCAGAACAUGGAGAGGGAGGCAGAGACGAAUGAACUGCCAGAAGAGGUGUUGGAGCUCAUCAGAGGAGCUGUAGGCAGUGCUCAGAUGCUAAUGUCACAAAGAGUCCAGCAGUUCUUCAGGAUGUGCCAACAGAGUGUGGAUCCUUCAUCAUACCCUCAGCCCACCACUCAGGAUCUGGCCAGUUAUUGGGACCUCCUCCAGUUAGCCAUCGAGGACGUCAGGGUGAAGUUUCAGGACCUCCAGCGGCUGAAGGACUCGGGCUGGAGGUUGCCUCCUGAGAAGAAGGAGGACAAGAAGGUUCCACCUCCAUUACCAAAGAAGCCAGUCGGUGGCGUGACGGGCAGCUUGCGUGCCGACAGCACGACCGAGGCCGGAGGCAUGCUAGUGAUCUCACGAGGACGUAGCGUCCCCGAACGGGAGAAAUCGCUGGACGUGGGCGACCGGCAAAAGCUGGAGACACGACGCAGGCUGCUUCAGACCAAACGCUCAGCCUCUUUCCGACAGAAUUCGGCCACGGAGAGCGCUGACAGCAUCGAGAUCUACAUCACAGAGGCUCAGACGAGACUCUGAGUCGCUUUAAACAACCACUACGGUUCUUCUCUGGCCCUCUGCACAGACGUCCAUGUUAUAAAGCCGCCAGAGAGCGAGUGCGAUGGAGAACUCGAGAUGGCUUACUAGUAUGCUGCUGGUGUUUGGAUGUGAGCUUAUGCGUUUUAUUUCAAUUUUUUUUGUUGAGCAAGUGUUAUUAUUCUCAGAAAAAAGGGCUCAACCAGCACAACCAAGUGUUACAAGAUUGAGACUUUUGUAAGUCCACAAAAUAUAUAAAAAUGUUAGGACUGUUUUAAUGAACCACGCCAACACAUACGGGUGCAAUAUCAUAUAUUAAGAGGAUCUUAUCUUGUUAUUUUAAAUAAUAGACCUUGUUUUGAUAUAUUCUUGGCUGUGUAUGUGUUUCUUAAUUGAUCCCACAGUGUGACGGACGUAGCCCCUUUCACUGUGACACAAGCGCACUCUUGUGGCCAGAGUAGAGCAAUGCACCCUAAAGUAAAUUUGGGCCUGAAACUGAAUGUCUUUGCAGUGCAGCGUAAAACUCAUGAAAGCAACAUUUGCAGUAUAGAAAAAUGCCUUUUUAAAGCCAGUUAUCAAAUUACCACAGGGAUUCAUCUCCCGUAUAGUGCAAUAUCACUUUGUAAUUGCAUUCAGGCUUCUCAUCAGCCCAAUGCGAAGACACGCUUUUUAGAAAACAUGAGAGGAAAAAAACAACAACAGAACAGUUGAGCUCUGAGGCAACAGCUACGCUUCCUGAAACAGGACGGUCUACAUCAUAAGACUCUUCAGAAACAGGGGUGCAGAAGACAAUCUUCAAUUUCACACUUGACCUGCACACUGAAAAAUGAUCAUUCGGAGAGGAGGGAAGCAUCUUCGUUCAUUUCACCCCUCUGCCUUUUAUUUUUAUUUUUGGUAACAGAUGAAAACCCUCUAACAUGAAAUUAAUGUAGCUUCUACAUUUUGCCUGAGUGCUUUAAUGUAUUGCUUUUUUUUUAUUUUAGGAGAAAUUAAGAAAUGAAUCAAAUCACUUUUUCUAAUGGUUCCAGUUCCAUUUUUUAAGUGGUCUGGCCUACAACCUCUUUCUCUCUCUUUUUAAUAAUUAUCUAUUAUGUUAUUGCCCUCUAUAAAUUUAUCGGAGGUGCAAAACAAAUUUAAAAAAAGAAAUCUGUGUCCACUUCAAACACAACGUUAAUUUGUUAAUUAUUUCUAAAAAAAAAUAUGCUGUGUUAGUUUAGGUGGUGAUUUUUGUGUUUAUGAAAGAAAGGAAACAUUAAUGAUAAAUACAAACUGGAAACAAAAUCACAUGGAAAUUAUUAUUAUUUUAUUUUAUUUUUUGAAUGAAAAAUUUUGAUUGCAUGAACGAUCAGAAUUUUUUUUUUUAUUAUUUAACUAUGGAAUAAUUAAAUAAUGGAAAAUAUUUUAUUGGAAGAUGUAUAUUUUAUAAAGUACAUUUUUAGAUUAGCAGCUAAACAUAUGUUGUCAAAAGUGGUGUUAAAAUAUGUUAUAAAAGUGUCUAAGAAUUUACAAAGUAGGGAUGUGACAGCUCUGUGGACGUUUAAGAAGACUUUAGAAGCAAGUCACAGCUACAAACUUCAACAGAAUCGUGUUGCUUUCCUCUCAUUUUUUGGUGUCAACCUUGAAACUGACUGGCUAAGGACUUUUGACAAAAGAAUAGACGGUUGACAGCCACUUGCCAUGUUGUCCAUGGGCAAAAAAUGAGAUCUGUUUUCUAUGUCUUGACUACUACACGUGCCUAACAGCACUGCGUGUGGCUUUUUUAAAUCUAAUUAUUCAGUAUUAUAUUCAAUACGAAAUAUAUAACUCACACAAUAUGUAUUGUUCUAAUAAUUUGAUUUGUUACACCUGAUCCAGCUAAUAACCACCUCACACUGGAUGUUUCUAUGUAACCUGCAUGCUUUUAUUAGUCCAUGGGAAAAAAAAUGAACUUCUAUCAAAACUGUAGAUCUUUAUCCCCUGCUUUGAAAACAAGGGCAGGAAUAUUUAUCUAAUUAUUUAUAAUAACUACACCUACAUUUCUGUAUGUAAACUCAUUUUUUUUUUAAUCAAUUAAUUAGUCCAUCAGGUUUUUCUUUUUAGACAUUUGCACUUUUUUCCAUUUACUGUUGCCUAUCAUCUCGUUUUUUUUAUUUAUAUAUAUAUAUAUUUAUUUAUUUAUUUUAGGAAUACUUUAUGGAUAAAAUAUCCAUCAUUUUAUGAACACAUAUUUUUUUUAAGCUUCAAAACGGUUGUAAUCACAGUCAACGUACACAUUUUUUGGACGCAGCAAGUCUAAGAUGACAGAAAAGCACAACAGACUAUUUCCUCUUCCACUGUGAAGGACUUCCUGCCUUCUCAAAACACUGAAAGACUAUGUACAACAUGCCGUUGGGGUUUCCAGUGCGAGAAAUAGGAUGAUCUCUUAUCAGGGCCAUAUGUUUUUGAUAUACCAACGAAACUUAAUUUCAAGCAAGACUGACCACACUUUCCCCUUUCCGAGUUGUUUGCCUUCUCGGGCACUGACAGGAAUCGAUCUGACGCUCAAACGGACUGCUAAGAAAGACUACUUUGAUGGCCUUUCUAUUCUAACCAACAUUUUCCAAUGUAAAUGGAUUGAUGGAACCUAAUCGAAUAUAAUAUUUAACGGCUGUGUCUCUCGCUACAUCAUGUAAAGCUUCCCAUGUCAACACAUGACCCGAUGGUUCGCUGACUGUCAGUUCUUGAGACAACUGUUGUUAGAAUGGAUGGCGAAACUCUGCCAUUGCUCCUUUAAGCUGAAAAACGAGUCUAAAACGUGUUGGCGAAGCCUCUGUAUAUGCCGUAAACAGAUUUAGCUAGAGUAAGUGAUGAAUAUUUCUUCGUAGCACAGAGGAGCUUGUAGCAGUGUGACGUAGACGUUACGUUGGAUUCUAUAACGCAUUACAGAUCACUGGAAAUUACAUGGGUCAUAGACUUACAAACAAUUACUGUGUAAUUACAAAUACCUUCUCAUGUUCUGUUGUAUUAUGUACAGUAAAUAUAUCUGUUGCAAUUGAAGUUGUUAUUAUUAAUAUUCAAUGGAUUGUUGAUGAUUACUGGUAUUAUUAAUAAUUUUAAUAUAUAAUGAAGAUGUUAUUGCAAUUAUGACUAUGAGAAAAUCUAUUCUGUAUUCGCCAGGGUGUUCAUGUGUAAAGAGCCACCCGAUUUAGAUUUUAUUCUACUGUUUGUAAUUGCUGCUAACGUAGAAAAUAGCCCGGUGGAAGACGAGACUAAUUGAAAAACAACAGCUAAUGUUAGGCCCAUCUCUUCUAGCAGCUGCGCGCAAGAUGACAGAAAACGAACAUGUAGAUCACGUAAAGAAUGAGUAUUCCCCUUUCGUAAUAGAAAAAAGAGAAUAUUAUAUAUAUAAAGAUAAAUGUUUGGCCAGUUUGUGAUGUAGCAGAACAAUUCUGUUCUUUUUUUUUUUUUAAAUGUUCAUUAAGUUGCUCAUAACACUGCAUUAUAAUAACAUUGUGGAAAUUUUGGUUUAUUAAUGUUAUCACUAUUUAUGGUUGUUGUAUUUUCUUUUUUUUAAUCAUAUAUUUAUGUUUGAUACAGUGCCAAGGUAAAAUAAGUUCAUUUUGUAUCUAUGCCUUUUACAUUGUUUUACCAAUCUGCAAUAGCUUACAACUUCACCUUUUUCAAUAUAUUAUUUCCAGAUUUUAAAUAAAUCUGAAAGUCUUACAGAUUUGUUGCGACUGAAGGGUGAAGGCCUUAUGAUGAAUAAUGGCACAGCUGACGUAAACAUUGAUCAUGUUUAGUCUUUGGUCACUGAGAUGUACAGCUCAAUGUCUACUAGCGUUAAAUCAGAGAUGGCACACUGUGAUGUGGUAAACCUAAACACAGAAUGUAACAUUGUCAACGGUUGUAAACAUUUUCUAAAAAUUACUAUAAAGCUAUUUUAGCAAGGUAAAAUAACUGCUGUCCACUAAGUGUCCUGUUAUUUUCCUCAUAACAUUUGACUUAGCUUAUCCAUUUUAAAGGUGCGCUCAGUGAUGUUAUUUUCAUUAAAGAUGUUUUUAUAAACCCAUCUUUUCCCAUCUGCUCAAAUAGCAAAAGACUCCACAAUAGUGUUUUCUCGAAUUUCAAAAUAUAAAAAAACAAAAAGAGAAAUUUACCGUCACAGUCUUCCCACCCAAAUUGAUGCAAAGGUAAUGUGACUCUGAACCACAAAACCAGUCAUAAGGAUAAUUUUUUUCUGCUGAAUAAACUUUCCAUAUAUGGUU